AUGCUCUACCAACUGAGCCACUGUUGCCAGUGUCGUUCAGCUCGAGAAAUAAAACAGCUACAGAAGGCAAAGAGCAAGGCCCAGAACAAUAGGAACCUCAGAGAAGAAGCGAGCAUAUGUAAUCAGCUGGGAGAACUGUUGUCUAAAAAUGGCUCGCGUGGAGAGAGGAACAGAGGGGAAUGUGCGAGGACACCGGAGCGUUCUGGGUUUUGGCGGGGAGUGGAUGCUGUGCUGGUGCUGCUGUGUGUUUGGUACCUCUCUGGGGCCACAGGGAAGAUGACCCAGGCCAGGGGUCAUAAACUGCAGACCUACAAACAGAGCAGGACACGAAGAGAAGCUCGAAUGGAAGAAGACGGAGGCCGCAAAACUGGAGGGCCCAUCUACAAGCGCAGCCCGGACAUGACCAAAUCCCCUAUGACUAAAUCCGAGCAGCUCCUGAGGAUAGACGACCACGAUUUCACCAUGAGGCCGGCUUUCGGAGGUCCUCCCAUUCCAGUCGGAGUCGAUGUCCAGGUGGAAAGUUUAGACACAAUCUCAGAGGUUGAUAUGGACUUCACCAUGACCCUGUAUCUGCGUCACUACUGGAAGGACGAGCGCCUGUCGUUCCCUAGCACCAACAACCAGAGCAUGACGUUCGACUCGCGGCUGGUGAAGAAGAUCUGGGUCCCCGACAUGUUCUUCGUUCACUCCAAACGCUCCUUCAUCCACGACACCACCACCGACAACGUCAUGCUGCGCGUCUACCCCGAUGGAAACGUGCUCUACAGCCUCAGAGUCACAGUUACAGCAAUGUGCAACAUGGACCUGAGCCGGUUUCCUCUGGACACACAGACAUGCUCGCUGGAGAUCGAGAGCUAUGCGUACACAGAUGACGACCUCAUGCUUUACUGGAAAAAGGGGAAUGAGUCUCUGAACACAGACGACAGAAUAUCGCUGUCUCAGUUUCUCAUCCAGAAGUUCCACACCACCACCAAGCUGGCGUUUUACAGCAGCACAGGAUGGUACAACCGCCUCUACAUCCACUUCACGCUGCGUCGCCACAUCUUCUUCUUCCUGCUGCAGACGUACUUCCCGGCCACGCUCAUGGUCAUGCUCUCCUGGGUGUCCUUCUGGAUCGACCGCAGGGCAGUGCCGGCCAGGGUGCCUCUAGGCAUCACCACAGUGCUGACCAUGUCCACCAUUAUCACGGGGGUCAACGCCUCCAUGCCGCGGGUCUCCUACAUCAAAGCCGUGGACAUCUACCUGUGGGUCAGCUUCGUCUUUGUCUUCCUGUCGGUCAUAGAGUACGCAGCCGUCAACUACCUGUCCACCGUGCAGGAGAGGAAGGAGAGGAAGCUCCGGGAGAGGUUGCCGUGCACGUGCGGAAUAGGUAACCCGGACGAGAUGAUGAUCGACCCCCAGAUCACGGGCUACGGCUCCAUGGACCCCAACACCACGGGUCAUUAUGGGAUGCCUGAGAACGGCGGGCGGCAGGAGCGCAUGUUAGCACAGGUGGCUCUCAACGAUCCGCAGCUCACGGGUCAAGUGAAGGCUCGAAGCUACGUGAACAUUUGGAUCGAUACUCACGCCAUAGACAAGUACUCCAGAGUGGUGUUUCCUGGAGCCUACAUUCUCUUCAACAUCAUCUACUGGUCCAUAUACUCAUAA